AUGACGCUACGUUCAAAAUCCACGUCGCACAUUUUGGAAAUUCAAACGGCGCACAACAAGAGAGAAUUAGAAGAUAAUUCUACUUCGACUGAAGACAAAUACAGAACCUACACUGUGGAGGAUUUUAUAGAAAGAAGGAAACGUUUCUCAGGGAAUGUCAAUGACGAAACGAAGAAGAUACAAUCCGUCAAUAGGUCUCAGAAUUUUGUGAAGAAAAUAAUUGCUUCUUUUGAGAACAAAAACGAAGUUUGCAGAGCGAAUGACGAAUUUUUCACGAGGUAUUACGGAAGGGACAACAGAAAGCACGAUACCUCUGUCAAAGUGAAAAACAAUGAAGCAGAAGUUCCUCCUGUUUCGAGUGUCGAAGCAAGUAAAAUAUAUCCGGAAGAACUUGCAUGCUCAAACGCUGAAACAAGAAAUUGUACUGAAAGUAACAACUCUCUAGAGUCAACAGCUGGAACUUUCGACGAUCAAGAAAAUAAUUUUAAAAUAAAUGAGAAAGAUAGGAAACAUUGCAAGGAGGAUUAUGUACAGUGCGAUUCGAUAAAUGACAUCGAAGUCUGUAGCUACGAAGGGAGAGCGUAUUACGAUCCCUCUACGUUCGAUCCUAGACGAGAUCGAGUCGAACUGCAAAAUCGGACAGGUGUUAUUUUGGAAAGCAGUCCGAACAAUCGCAAGGGGAAUACGUUGGAGAGAAUUUGUAAAUUUGAAUUUACGAAUUUGAAGAUGGAGAGAGAUUCGAAAAGGAAUACUACCAAGAAAGGGUUCAAGGGUAGAAAUAAAUUCUUUAAGUGCUUCAGGUCCGUGAUAAAGUGGAGGAAGUCAGAAGCUAAGGACAGAUCUCAACGUUUUAUGUUUCACGAUGAUUCGUUUGAAGGGACGAACAGGGCCCGUCCUAAAAGUAAUAAAAUAUCGAAGAGCUCUCCGUACGAAACGAUCGUGUUUCAAGAAAACCUUGAACAGACAAACGAACGUAAGGCGACAAUUCAUCCCAUUUAUGAGGGCAGAAGAAACAAACGACUCGCAAAGAAAAAUGAAGACCGUAAACGUCUUAUGAUACAAGGGAAUAUGGAGAAUGUCGUGAAACCCUCCGCGAUCAAAAACAUAGUAAAGCACCUGUCUCAAUUUCCUUAGAAACCUCGCGUUAAUAAAAAGAAAAGCUCACUAACUAUCAAAGAUGAGCUAUUUAAUUCAAUUGUAUAAUUCGUGACUAAAUGAUGACUAAAACCGAAUGCUUAUUUAACAUGUUGACUUGCACAUAAUUUGGUGAAGACCAAAUUCAUUUUGCCAAUAUCGUAUGUUUAAUCUUAUAAUAUAUGUCUAUAAUGUUUUAAUUAAAUGAGCGAAAAAUAUUGAAAUCUUAUAUUAACGUA